AUGGCCCUUACUGGGAACCCUCCUCCGGACCAGCUCCUUCCCGAGGAAAGGUACCAGUAUCUACCGAACCUUAUCAUUCUUUGCUACUACGAUGACAUAGCGAUAGCUCUUAAGGAUGAGAGACUCGUCAAAACGGUUUGGAACCUACUUGACUGCAUAGGGGAACGCCUAGGGAUUACUUUCCCAGCUGAAAAGUCCUCUUGGUUAUCUUCUAGCACUUCCACUACCACUUCGCACUUGGGCCUGUCCUGGUUCUUGGAAGCUGACCGCCUUAGAACAUCCUUUGCUAUCCCUGAUCUCAAUUGCCUUGAUACAGCGCUGGAUGGUGCUGUUACGAAGCGAGGUUUGCUCAGCCUCUGUGGUAAGUGCAUAGACCCUCUAUCACUGCAUUCAGAGAGAGAUCUGCUAGUGGAUUCUAAUCGGUCAUGGUCUGGCCGAUUCGGUCAUGCCACUGAUAGAGCCUCCUGGGACUCUGAGCUCCGCCUUAAUAGGAGAGAUAGAGAAAAGCUGAAGCGGCUACUGAGCAAUAUAGAAGAGCUCUCUACUCAAUGCAAGCAUCGCAGGUGGGCCGGCUACAAGCACAUAAUUGUCACCUGGAGCCAAUUAAAGUGCCCACUUUUCCAAGUCCAAGUGGAGGGAAAGAAGUCCUUUCCAAACUUGGAGAAAAAACGUCUAUUAAAGUGA